CGGCCUUACGCUCGUAAUCUCGCGUCCAAAGUGGCUAAGAGCGUAAGUCCUCGUCGAGUGCACCAGGAGUGCUCGAGCGGCGGGGAGGUGCAGGUACAGGUGCAACAGGAGAGACGAGCACCGAGGCGCAUGCCUUACCUGGGGCCUGAUAUGACAACCCGGCUGUCCGCCAUGUUUUACACGGUCGAAGUCGGGGACACCAGGUUCACCAUCCUGAAGCGAUACCAGAACCUGAAACCGAUCGGCUCGGGUGCGCAGGGGAUCGUUUGCGCGGCGUUCGACACGGUUACCGCUCAAAACGUGGCGAUCAAGAAGCUCUCCAGACCCUUUCAAAACGUCACGCACGCGAAGAGGGCCUACAGGGAAUUCAAGCUGAUGAAACUGGUCAACCAUAAAAACAUCAUCGGUCUCUUAAACGCGUUCACGCCUCAACGGUCGUUGGACGAGUUUCAAGAUGUAUACUUGGUGAUGGAACUUAUGGACGCGAACCUGUGCCAGGUGAUCCAGAUGGAUCUGGAUCACGAGCGUAUGUCUUACCUUCUCUACCAAAUGCUCUGCGGCAUCAAGCACUUACACUCCGCCGGUAUCAUUCACAGGGAUUUAAAGCCGAGCAACAUCGUCGUCAAGUCCGACUGCACGCUCAAGAUUCUCGACUUUGGUUUGGCCAGGACCGCCGGAACGACGUUUAUGAUGACACCGUACGUUGUCACGCGGUAUUAUCGAGCGCCAGAGGUGAUCUUGGGUAUGGGUUACAAGGAGAACGUGGACAUUUGGUCGGUCGGGUGUAUCAUGGGCGAGAUGAUUCGGGGCGGUGUUCUGUUUCCCGGCACGGAUCACAUCGACCAGUGGAACAAAAUAAUCGAACAACUUGGAACACCGGCGCAGGAAUUCAUGCAACGGCUGCAACCGACCGUGAGGAAUUACGUGGAGAACAGGCCACGAUAUCCGGGAUACCCGUUCGACAGGCUAUUCCCGGACGUACUGUUUCCCUCGGACUCCUCGGAGCACAAUAGAUUAAAAGCCAGCCAAGCCAGGGAUCUAUUGUCGCGCAUGCUCGUCAUCGAUCCCGAGCGACGCAUCUCCGUCGACGACGCUCUGCUGCACAAUUACAUAAACGUGUGGUACGACGAGGGCGAGGUGAACGCCCCCGCGCCAGGCCCGUACGACCAUAGCGUGGACGAAAGGGAGCACACGGUGGAACAGUGGAAGGAGCUGAUCUAUCAAGAGGUGAUGGAGUACGAGACGAGCCACAAUCCCGCGAAUGUAGCUCAGACGUCGGAAAGCGGUGGCUCCCGGUAGACACGGACCGAACCUUCGCCGCCUACGACGACUACGACGACGACCGUCUCCUCGAGGACGCAUCUAGACUGUCCGAUCUAUCGUAUAAAUAUCGCGGGAAUGUAAAGAAGAGUAGCGACGAAUAGAGAGAGAGAGAGAGAGAGAGAGAGAGAGAGAGAGAGAGAGAGAGAGAGAGAGAGAGAAAGAAACCUUCGCGUCCAGGGGAGGUAACGCGCAUGUUUUUGCGCGUGUGCUGCUUUUCUCCGAGAGACCAACAAGAAAAACGGUCCAGCCGGGGAUGUUGCGAGACGAAUGAAACGUGAGAAUGCAGGGAGGCGUGUGCUUGGGUAAUAGAAUGAGAGGGAGGGAGAUAGAGCGAUGUUAGAGCGAGAGAUACAUAAGAGCAAGGAAGCCGCUGCUUCGCCGAUUUUUCGAAAGAAGAGAACAAAAUCGGCAUCGAGGGAGAACACGGGGAAGAGGGAGCGUUGCUCCGAGAUCCGUCAUUUUGCGCGCGCGAAACAUACCAGGCAUGACGAGCGCGCGGCUGCGAG